AUGGAGCUAACUGACAGUUGCAUUUAUUCCAUCUUAGAGGUCUCUACUACACCUCAAAUUCAGAAUGACUGCAGGCAGCAGCAAAAAGCAUCAUCUUCUAGGCCUUCUCUUUCUUGUUAUGUGGCUGUAGCUUUUGGACUUCUGACCAUAAUUCUUGUGAGUUUGCUGCUACACCAGUGGAUUCUGUGCAAGGGCUCCAGCUGUUCUACUUGUGCCAGUUGUCCUAGGUGCCCAGACCUCUGGAUGAGGUAUGGUGACUAUUGUUAUUACUUCUCAGUGGAAAAAAAGGACUGGAAUUCUAGUCUGGAAUUCUGCUUAGCCAAAGACUCGCAUCUCCUUAUUCUUCGGGACCGUCAAGAAAUGAACCUCCUCAAAAAUUUCUUCAGUGAUGACUUUCACUGGGUUGGUCUGCGGUGCAAUUCUGGUUGGAGGUGGGAAGAUGGAUCAGCUCUAAACUUCUCAAGGGUUGAUUCCAACAGCUUGGUACAGACGUGUGGUGCUAUCAACAAAGAUGGUUUCCAAGCCUCUAGCUGUGAAGUUCUUUUACAGUGGAUCUGCAAAAAGAUCACACUUUGA